AUGGAAGCAAUAGCAUCCUAUUUAGGUAAGCGAAUGCUAUCAAAGGGGGUGAGAUUCUUAAUUAAACGGGCGAUUCCUUUGGAUGAUGAAGACUUUCCGGACGCUACUCCAGAUCCAGAGGAAAGUGCUGACCCAGUCGCCGAGGAGGUCUUUUCGUCCUGGGCCCUCUUUAUUCUCUUGUCACUUUUGUGUGCAGCAUUAUGGUCCUCUUAUUAUCUCCAACAAAGAAGAAUUAAAGCUGUCCAUGAAACUGUGUUAUCAAUUUUCUACGGAAUGAUAGUGGGAUUAAUCAUCCGUGUAGCUCCAGGUCAUUACAUCCAAGACACCGUGAAAUUUAAAUCAGGUUACUUCUUUAAUAUUCUUUUGCCCCCCAUCAUCUUGAAUUCGGGCUAUGAACUUCAUCAGGCAAACUUCUUCAAUAACAUUGGAUCAAUCUUAAUGUUCGCCAUUCCCGGUACCUUUAUUUCCGCCCUUGUUCUCGGAACGAUUUUAUAUUUAUGGACCUCUUUAGGUUUUGAUGGCGUGAAGUUGGAAUUUGUUGAUGCAUUGGCAGUUGGAGCAACUCUCUCAGCAACAGAUCCCGUCACGAUUUUGUCCAUUUUCAACGCAUAUAAAGUUGAUCCAAAACUUUACACUAUCAUUUUUGGAGAGUCUUUGUUGAAUGAUGCAAUUUCUAUUGUUAUGUUUGAAACUUGUCAACAAUUCCAUGGAAAACAACUCCAAUUUUCUAGUGUCUUUGAAGGUAUCGGCUUGUUCUUGAUGACAUUCACCAUCUCAACUAUUAUUGGAAUAUCUGUUGGAAUUUUAGUUGCUUUAAUCCUCAAACAUUCGCAUAUCAGAAGAUAUCCCCAGAUCGAGACGUGCUUGGUUUUGCUUUUCGCAUACCAAUCCUAUUUCUUUUCAAAUGGUGCACACAUGUCUGGAAUCGUUUCAUUGUUAUUCUGCGGCAUAACUUUGAAGCAUUAUGCUUACUUCAAUAUGUCAAGAAGAACUCAGAUUGCAACUAAAUACGUUUUCCAAUUGUUGGCUCAAUUAUCUGAGAAUUUCAUAUUUAUUUACUUGGGAUUAUCUUUAUUUACUGAGGUGGCAUUGGUAUUCAAACCAUUAUUGAUUAUCGUCACUUUCGUCCUGAUUUGCAUUGCAAGAUGGUGUGCUGUCUUCCCAUUAUCAAAGUUCUUGAAUUUCUUGUUCAGAGCAAAGUUCGAAAAGUUUAGUCGCAGUAACCUCAUGAGUGGUGGUAUUUCUUCUCAAGCUAUUCCAGAGGAAAUUAGUCACUCAUAUCAAAUGAUGAUCUUCUGGGCUGGACUUAGAGGUGCAGUUGGUGUCGCUCUAGCGUUGGGAAUCUUGGGCGAAGCUAAGUGGACUCUUUUAGCCACGGUGCUUGUGGUGGUUGUACUCACUGUCAUUUUCUUUGGUGGAACGACCGCAUCUAUGCUUGAAAUCUUGGGUAUCAAAGUUGGUUGCAUUGACGAGCACGAUUCUGAUGAUGAAUUUGAUAUUGAAGCACCAAAGUUCAGUGUCUCAAAUAGAAGUGGGAUUUUGGGAAGUAGAAGAGGUGCGCCCGUGUCAUUGUCCAACAUCACGAGCAAAACCAAUAUCCUUAGGAAUAGUUCGUCUAACAUCUCUUUGCCUUACGUGAAAAACCUGGGAAGCCUGCACUCUCUUGCCAACUCCAAUACGGACCUUGUGGAUGAUGAUGAGUUCAAUACCAGUGAUGUCGAUGAUCUUUUCGCUUCCCUGGUGAAUAAAGGCGCUAUAGACACUGCACAGGCCGCUAGCGCUGCAAUCGCUCAAAGAUCUAGUGGUGUUUUGGGAAGUAUACUAAGCGCC